AUGGCCGCCGCCGCCGCCCAAGAAGUUUCCCGAGGGAAGGUCGUCAUGGCUAACACAGGGCGAUGUGUCGCGUACUCGUUCAUCGCCAUGUUCUGCUUUGGAGUCACCAAUUAUCUCAUCGCAGUUGCUACUGGCAUCCUUGACGAUUCUGUGGAGGCGUAUUAUGCUAUUGGUGCUGAGUGGAAGAUGCUGGCUAUCAUUUGGGGAGUAGGGGGCAUUCCAGGUAUGUUAUGUUAUGGCAUCCAUUGGGUGCGUUGUGGCAGAAUUGAGUUCUUCUGGAGUGACACCCCUUCGAACACCUCCUCCAUCACGUACAAAACCAAGGCAUUGACGCUUGUUGGAGGUCUCGGCUUGGGAGUGUCUAUGAGCCUGAUGAAGAAAGCAUUUGUAUUCACCUCGCCUGCUGAUAAGGGCCCAGUGAGUGCCGUCCUAUGUUCGACAACUAUAGUGGUCAGCGUGUACGGCCACUUCAUAUUCAGGGAGCUCCUCAGUAGACGCCACGCGGUGCUGAUAGGGGUGGUAGUGUGUGGUGUUUUGAUAUCGGCACUGGGGCCGGGAGGGUCUACCAAGACAGAGGACGAAGUGGCAGCGAGUGGUCAGCAGUAUCAUGAGACUUUAGGAUUCAUCUUCGCGAUCCUCUCCAUGUUGGCGUUUGCGGCCACUACGUUGUUGAUUCGAUACAGUGCCAUAGGCAAGGUGUCUACUUGGAGCGCCUUCUCAGCCAGAUUGGUAUCUCAAACGGACAUCGCAGUGUCCCACCGAGAUCGCCAUGAGAUGUGGGGUUGCGAUGAGGACGACGGCGCCGACAUUGGCUAA